CGCGCGUGUGAGAAAGCAGAAGCGACUCAGCUGAUUAAAACCGCAUAGCCUACAUCACCGGAGUCAGUGUGGGUCGCAGGCUGUCGAGAUAGAGGUGUUAGAGACUUAACUAAAGAAGAUCUAAAACAGCCGAUUCGCACUGUCUGCGCAUUCAAACAGGUAUUCAUUUUGAGAAUUGUCUUGCAAGACAUGACAACCAGGAUGUCGGCUGGUCGAAUCAGUACAGUGCAGUGAGAAUGCCAUUCGCGGUCAGUUACAGCUGCAACGAAUAGAAGAGCUGCUACCUGUAAGAUGACAUCGUAACUAUGCUCACUGGACCCGGCCACUGAAGACUGAGACUGUUGUGAUAGGACUCUUUUGUGACUGAUAGUCGUCUGGACCAAUAGCAAUCUUGGUAUUGGUCUGGACCAAUAGCAAUCUUAGCAAACCUGGGACUAGUGUAUAACCAGUAAUUGGACCAAUAACUUUACAGUUGCACAUCCCCAACCCCGACUCUACCUGGACUCAUGGCUUCUUAUAGCCCCGCCCAGACGCAGGAGUCACCGGCGGAGGUGACCAACGGCACGGGCCCGUUGAAGUCCGGUGACUCGGGCGAGUCGAUGAAGCUGAAGAAGGAGAUCUCGCUGCUGAACGGCGUGUGCCUGAUCGUGGGCAACAUGAUCGGCUCGGGCAUCUUCGUGUCGCCCGUGGGCGUGCUGAUGUACAGCGGCUCGUACGGCCUCUCGCUGGUGGUGUGGGCGCUGGGCGGCAUGUUCUCCGUCUUCGGCGCGCUGUGCUACGCCGAGCUGGGCACCACCAUCACCAAGUCGGGCGCCAGCUACGCCUACAUCCUGGAGGCCUUCGGCGGCUUCCUGGCCUUCAUCCGCCUGUGGACGUCGCUGCUCAUCAUCGAGCCCACCAGCCAGGCCGUCAUCGCCAUCACCUUCUCCAACUACAUGGUGCAGCCCGUCUUCCCCACCUGCAUCGCCCCCUACGCCGCCAACCGCCUGCUGGCCGCAGCCUGCAUCUGUUUACUGACGUUUGUGAACUGUGCGUAUGUGAAGUAUGGGACUCGCGUGCAGGACCUCUUCACCUACGCCAAGGUCAUCGCCCUUAUCGCCGUCAUCAUCACCGGGCUGGUCAAGAUCGGCCAGGGUCACACUCAGAACUUUGACGACAUGUUUGCGGGCUCGUCCCAGGACCCCGGGGCCAUCGCUCUGGCGCUGUACUCCGCCCUGUUCUCCUACUCCGGCUGGGACACGCUCAACUUCGUCACCGAGGAGAUCAAGAACCCGGAGAGGAACUUGCCUUUAUCUAUUGCCAUAUCAAUGCCCAUCGUCACGGUGAUCUACAUCCUGACCAACGUGGCCUAUUACACAGUAUUGCCCAUGAACGCCAUCCUGGACAGUGAUGCUGUGGCAGUGACGUUUGCGGAUCGCGUGUUUGGGGUCAUGAACUGGACCAUCCCUCUUGCCGUAGCCCUGUCCUGUUUCGGGGGACUCAACGCCUCCAUCCUCGCCGCCUCCAGGUUGUUCUUCGUGGGCUCCAGGGAGGGCCACUUGCCAGACUACCUGUGCAUGAUUCACGUCCAUCGAUACACCCCCAUCCCAGCUCUCCUCUUCAACGGCGCCAUGGCGUUGGUGUAUCUCUGUGUGGAGGACAUCUUCAGGCUGAUCAACUACUACAGCUUCAGCUACUGGUUCUUCGUGGGCCUGUCCAUCCUGGGGCAGCUCUACCUGCGCUGGAAGCAGCCGGACCGACCGCGACCGCUCAAGCUGAGCCUGAUCUUCCCCAUCAUCUUCUGCAUGUGCACCGUCUUCCUGGUGGUCGUGCCCCUCUACAGUGACACCGUCAACUCCCUGAUUGGCAUCGGCAUAGCCCUAUCAGGAGUGCCCGUCUACUUCCUCUGCUGCUAUACUCCCGCCCACAAGCGGCCACUGUGGCUGCGCAAGGCUAUCGCUUCCUCAGGUCUUCUGAUUCAGAAGGUGUGCUACUCCGUCCUGACGGAGAUGGACGAGCCAAAGGCGGACUGAGACGUGAGACUCAGCGCACCUGCGCCGGACCGUAGGAGCAUUCCUCCGAACCUCUCAGACUGGAACGCCAUUGGACAACCACCGUACUACACUCCACUCACGGCCGAUUAGGAACUUCCAUACUUGUUCGGCCGUGCAACACUCCACACUAACAUCCAAUCACAAACUCUUUUGCUUCACGGCCAUGCGACAUUCCACUUGCACAACCAAUCACAAAACUCUUUUGGGACGGUGGCCAAGCCGCACUACAGCCAAAAGGACACCUGACCGGUGCAGCAUGGUGCAUCAUGGGACCAUCACCAUAGAGAUACUUCCUGAUUCAGUGUAUACCAUAGAAAGGCAUUCUGUAUUUAAUUAUUUUUUUAGAGCUAACUAUAGACAAUAAUGGGAAUGAAAAUCAAAUGACAUUGAAAUGAUGAUAUUGAUGGAUACGGUAUUUGGACCAAUAGUAGUAUGUAUAGCACUAGUAUGAAUACCUGUAGAUAUGAGGUAUGAAGGAAAACAAAUGUGGGCAUUGCUGAAUAUAAUAAACCAAAACAGUUGUACAAUUUACAUUAUUGAAGUUUCAAUAAUGUAAAACUUGCUGCUGCAACAAACUAUUAUUUUUUUUAUAUUGUCUAUUAAUCUGUUGGUUGUUUCUCGAUUAAUCAAUUAGCUGUUUGAUUGAUAAAAUGUUGAACAAAUGUCUGCAGUAUUUCCCAAAGCCCAUAUCAAUGUCCUCAGAUGCCCAAAGUUAUGUAGAUUACGGUCAUAGAGGAUUUAGUAAAGAUAAAGAUAAAAGAUGAAGAUUAGUAAAGAUAAAAGCAAUAUAUAAAGAAGCUGCAGAGAAUUUUCAGAUAUUGUCCUUAAAAAAAAAUCACACAAACCAUAUAACCAGUCACCAAAAUAGUUGGUUAUUAAUGUAAUAGUUGUCAAUUAAUCGAUGAAUCAAUGCUUUGUUUCAGCCCUAUUAUAGCCACAUAAAAAAGAAACCUCUAAUGAUAAACUGAGGUUUAAUGUGAAUGUGCCUUUGGCCAGAGCACAAGUUUGCUUUCUAAGUCUUGUCUGGCCACAUCUCACAACCCUUUGUCACUUCAAGUGAACACUUUCUCUGUGUACAUUUUAAGUUGCUAUGUAUGGUGUCUAAGUAAAGAUAUUUGUACCAUUAUGUAUAUAGAGGUCUGUCAAGUGUUACUUCAACAAGAGGUAAAUC